AUGAUAUCCCACAUGUUCAAAUUGUAUAUUGCCGUAGUGAUUUUAUGCACAUUAAGCAUAAUGAAAAUUGAAUCAGCCACAUUUGCAGUACCAAUUGAGUUUGACGAGACAGGACAAAUGUAUGUUAACGUGGACGGAAUGGAUAUUUCACUCAACUCUAAUCGUAUAUUGAAAAUGAAGAACAGACAUUGUACUACAACAAUUUCGUUAGCAUCACCAAGUGAAGUAGAAAUAGCAACUCGAAAUGGAUAUCGUGAAGGUACUUAGUAAGUUCUUAAAUAUGAGAAAGAUAAUCUAUGGAAAUGAGUGAUAAAUGCAUUUAUACCGCAUAUACGAUAAAGUAGUCAUAUCAAAGAACAAACAUUCUGACAAUGUGGAUCAGUUAAAUGACCAUUAUAACUCUUUCAAGAAAUUU